AUGAUGAAGAUCUGUGAUUUGCGAAUUGAACACUAUCGCGUGCCACUGGGAAUUGGUGAGCGAAGGCCACGCAUCUCGUGGUCUUUCGAAAGGGUGGACGAAGAUUGGGUUCAACAGGGGUACGAAAUUUCAAUUCAGCGAGACGUAAACAACGAUGUUGAGAUUUUUGCAGCGGACACUGCUCAGAGCCUGUACGUUGAGUGGCCAACGAGACCGCUUCAGUCACAGGAGUCGGCAAUUCUAAGUGUACGGGCAUUGUCACAUCAGUCAAUAUGGACGGCGUGGUCUGAACCCGUCCAGAUCGAGACUGGCCUGCUAGACCCAGCAGACUGGAAAUGUUCAUUGAUACAAGCUACUGCAACAACGAAGGAAGGAGAGCCAUUGAGACCUGUUCGUUUCAGACGCGACUUUCACAUUCAAGGCCCCGUCCGCAAAGCCAGAUUGUACAUAACUGCCCAUGGUGUCUAUGAGGCGUCCAUUAAUGGAGCAAAAGUUGGCGAUCAUGUUCUCGCCCCAGGCUGGACCUCCUACGACUACGAGCUGCCAUAUCAAACCUUUGAUGUUCUUGAACUCUUGCAACCUGGAUCCAACACUAUAGGCGUGGAGGUGGCCGAGGGAUGGUUCUGUGGUCGACUGGGAUUCAUGGGAGGUCAACGCGAUAUCUGGGGUUCGAAACUCGGUAUCUUUGCCGAAAUCUGUGUCACUUACGACGAUGGACAUACUGCUGUUUUGGUCGGCACUGAUCACCAUUGGCAGUUCGGCCAUGGUCCGCUGCUCCAGGCCGAAAUCUACAAUGGUGAGAGCUUCAACGCUGCCGAGGAUGUUACUGGCUGGAACGCGCCAUCCUUUUCAGACAAGACAUGGAAGCCAGUCGUACAGGGUGACAUGAAUCUGUCCAUUCUCAAGGCACAAGAUGCUCCUCCUGUGCGCAGGAUUCAGACAAUCUCACCUCAAAGAAAGAUCAAAUCCCCUAGCAGGAAAUGUAUCCUCGAUUUUGGCCAAAAUCUGGUUGGAUGGGUAGAGUGCAAACUCGACGGGCCUGCAGGUCGUGAAGUCAAGCUCGUCCAUACAGAGGUCCUCGAAAACGGCGAAUGUGCUACUGCACCUCUUCGUGAGGCGAAAUGUACAGAUACAAUUCUCUUAGCGGGAACUCCUCUCACCUAUGAGCCGCGUUUCACCUUUCACGGCUUUCGUUACGUCCAGGUUGAUGGUUACACUUACGACGAGGUGGACAUCAGUAACUUCACUGCCGUUAUCAUUCAUACAGAUAUGGCGCGAACGGGAUUUUUCGAAUGCUCAGAUCCGAUGCUCAAUAAGCUCCACGAGAAUGUUUUGUGGUCAAUGAAAGGCAACUUUCUAUCCGUGCCUACCGAUUGUCCGCAGAGAGAUGAGCGCCUUGGGUGGACUGGUGAUGUUCAAGCCUUUGCACCAACUGCAAGCUUCCUCUACAACACCAACGGCAUUCUCAAGACAUGGCUCCGCGGCCUUGCCCAUGAGCAGCAUGACGAUCCUGCCGGAGUUCCUCCAUUAUUCUCACCAAACGUAUGGAAGGGGUCGGCAAAUAUACCAGCCGCCAUCUGGGGUGAUUCAAUCAUCAACGUGCCCUGGGACCUCUAUCAAGCAUCCGGCGACACAACAUUGCUCCAAGGCCUCUAUCCACACAUGGUCGACUGGAUGACAAGAGGUGUAAAACGACACGAAAGUGGCCUGUGGGACCCUGAUCAUUCUCAGCUGGGCGAUUGGCUCGAGCCCACUGCACCUGCCGAUGACCCAGGCAAUGGACCAACCGACGAGGUCCUGGUGUCUGACGCAUUUCUCAUCCGAAUGACGGACCUCAUGUCCAGGAUCUCUCUGGUCAUAAGCGAAGCCAAUCAAGGCAGCUUCUACGCCAAGCAGGCGCAAGAUUUGCGAACACAGUUCUCGAAAAAGUAUAUCACCCAAGAAGGCAGAGUAGUGUCCGAUACUCAAACAGCGCUUGCACUAGCCAUUCAAUUCUCCCUUUUCCCAUCAGCCCACCAACUCGACACUGCAGCUGCGCGUCUUGUCCAUCUUAUCAAACGCAACUCCCGCUUUAAAAUCGCCACUGGCUUCGCCGGAACGCCUAUCCUCGGACAUGCGCUCAAUAAGAUCGGCCAGACCCAACUGUUCUAUCGCAUGCUAUUCCACCGCAAACCCCCAUCCUGGCUGUAUCCGAUCACCAUGGGUGCCACAACCAUCUGGGAGCGUUGGGACAGCAUGCUGCCCGAUGGGUCAUUGAACGCGUCUAGUAUGACGAGCUUUAACCACUAUGCACUCGGCGCUGUGGCAAAUUGGAUGCACGCCACCAUCGCGGGCAUUGCGCCGCUUGAACCGGGUUGGAAAAAGGUACGCAUUGCACCGGUUCCCGGUGCAACAUUGACUUCGUGCCGCGCGAGCUUCCGUGGUCCGUAUGGCGAGGUGUCGGUCGCCUGGGAGUUGCGGAAUGGCCGCAUGUUCCUACAAGCUCGAGUGCCGGGAAACACAUCGGCUGAGAUCACGUUGCCAGGCGAAGAGCCUAUCUUGGUGGGCGCUGGUAACCAUGAAUUUGAUGUCUCCUAUGCAAACCCAGAGUGGCCUCCUCUACCGAUCUAUCCGCCGUUUGUCCCGCACGAUGAUGACGAAGCCUAG